CGCCGAGGAGGCGGACCGACUGUAGCUACACCUCGGCCAGCGGUGCUGGAUCAUAGCGCUGGUGGAGGAGGGGGGCGGCAGCACACUGUGCUCUCCUUGCCCUUCCUAAACCGUGCACAGCCCCAAGCAUCGAGGACACCACCAUCACCUCAGCGCGUCCUGGAAUAGUUUUGAUUUUGUUUUCCUUUUUUCCUUUUCCUUUUUUUUUUGUGCCCAGACGCACCAAGUUGCAGCUGCAGAGGCGCACUUUUCUCCGUGGCUCCUCUCUCCUUUUGCGCUCACAAUCCGACAUGGAAGAUGGUCCGUCUUCAACAAGCUGUUUCAGAAGGUUAACGGACUGUUUCCUGGGUGCAAGCUUGACAGAUGAGAAAGUGAAGGCCUACCUCUCACUGCACCCGCAGAUGCUGGACGACUUUGUGUUGGAGAGUGUGAGUGCAGAGACAUUGGACAGAUGGCUGAAGAGGAAGACCAGCAGCAGGCCUGCAGAUGACACAUCAGCUAAAGAAGUCAGCAGGUACCAGGACACAAAUAUGCAGGGUGUGGUGUACGAACUCAACAGCUACAUGGAGCAGCGCCUGGACACUGGAGGAGACAACAAACUCCUGCUCUAUGAGUUGUGCAACAUCAUCAAAACAGCAACAAAAGCUGAUGGAUUUGCACUUUACUUCUUGGGAGAAUGCAACAAUAGUUUAUGUUUAUUCACUCCAACGGGGGCUAAGGAUGGCCCUCCAAGCCUCAUCCCCUCUGGCCCCAUCGCAUUUGGGACAACCAUUGCCGCUCAUGUUGCCAAGACUCGCAAAACACUGCUAGUGGAGGACAUCAUAGGGGACGAGCGAUUUCCCGACGGCACAGGGCAGGACUCAGGGAUCCAUGUUCACUCUGUCCUGUGCCUCCCCAUCCUCACUGCCAUCGGGGACCUCAUUGCCAUCCUGGAGCUGCAACGGCACUGGGGCAAGGAGCCCUUCAACCUCAGCCACCAGGAGGUUGCAACAGCUAACUUGGCGUGGGCAUCAGUUGCCAUUCAUCAAGUACAGGUGUGCAGAGGCCUCGCCAAACAGACUGAGCUCAAUGACUUCCUACUAGAUGUGUCAAAAACAUACUUUGAUAACAUUGUGGCAAUAGAUUCUCUACUUGAACAUAUUAUGAUAUAUGCAAAAAACCUGGUGAAUGCAGACAGGUGUGCACUCUUCCAGGUAGAUCACAACAACAAAGAACUGUACUCUGACCUGUUUGACAUUGGGGAAGAGAAAGAAGGCAAACCUGUCUUUAGGAAAACCAAAGAAAUUAGGUUUUCUAUAGACAAGGGAAUAGCUGGCCAAGUGGCUCGGACAGGGGAAGUCUUAAAUAUCCCAGAUGCCUAUGCAGAUCCACGGUUCAACCGAGAGGUGGACCUCAAAACUGGCUACACCACGCGGAACAUCCUGUGCAUGCCCAUUGUGAGCAGGGGGACCGUUAUAGGUGUGGUGCAGAUGGUGAACAAGUUAAGCGGAAGUGCCUUCACUAAAACUGAUGAGAACAACUUUAAGAUGUUUGCUGUCUUUUGUGCCCUGGCCUUACACUGUGCAAAUAUGUACCACAGGAUCCGGCACUCUGAAUGCAUUUACAGAGUGACGAUGGAAAAACUGUCUUAUCACAGCAUCUGCACAUCAGAAGAGUGGAAGACCCUUACCCAGCUCAACCUCCCUGCACCCAUUUAUAAAGAGAUCGAAACGUUCCACUUUGACAUCAAUCCCUUCGAGGAGAUCUGGCCUGCUGUCUUUAUCUACAUGGUUCAUAACUCCUGUGGAAAGACGAGCUUUGAGCUGGAGAAGCUGUGCCGGUUCACCAUGUCUGUACGGAAGAACUACCGCCGUGUGCCCUACCACAACUGGAAGCAUGCAGUGACGGUGGCACACUGUAUGUACGCCAUCCUACAGAAAACCUCUGAGAUGUUCACAGAGCUAGAGAAGAAGGGUUUGUUGAUAGCCUGUCUGUGCCAUGAUCUGGACCAUCGAGGGUACAGCAACGCUUACCUGCAGAAGUUUGACCAUCCGCUGGCUGCUCUGUACUCCACCUCCACCAUGGAGCAGCACCACUUCUCUCAGACCGUCUCCAUCCUGCAGCUGGAAGGGCACAAUAUUUUCUCCAACCUGAAUUCCAGCGAGUAUGAGCAGGUGCUGGAGAUCAUCCGAAAGGCCAUCAUCGCCACGGACCUCGCCCUGUACUUCAACAACCACCAGCAGCUGUCGGAGCUGCUGACCUCGGGUGCGCUGGACUUGAACAACCACUCGCACAGGGACCGUGUGAUUGGUCUGAUGAUGACAGCAUGUGACCUGUGUUCUGUUACCAAGCAAUGGCCAAUCACACGACUCACAGCCAACGACAUCUAUGCUGAGUUCUGGGCUGAGGGAGAUGAGAUGAAAAAGAUUGGGAUGCAGCCGAUCCCUAUGAUGGACAGAGACAAGAAGGACGAGGUUCCCCAAGGCCAAGUGGGAUUCUAUAAUGCUGUUGCAAUUCCAUGUUACACGACACUAGCAGAGCUUUUCCCUCCAUCCGGUCCUCUUUUGAAAGCCUGCAGAGACAACCUGGGCCAGUGGGAGAAAAUAGCGCGGGGAGAAGUGGAGGAUGUCGUGCCCAGCCGGCCUUGUGAUUCAGGCCCUGUCAAGGUGGACAACUGACUACCAAAGUGGUUGCUGGCCCACCAAAGGAAUACAACCUGAAUCCUGCCACAGACCUGGAACUUUGUCAGGGGAAAAGAACCCACACCUUGUGUCAGCAGGAGACGGAUUAGCUAAAAGGCGACUUGACUUUGAAAACACACAGUUACCUCAUUGGGUGACGGAGGUGUCAACACUGACGGUUUCACCGAUCCCAGAGACUGACAGGCAGUCGUCGGGGAGGGACUUCAACCCAUCACCCUGCGUCCACUCAGCUUGGGAAUUCAUUUGGUAUAAUGAACUUGUGCCGUUUUGGUUGUUUUAUUUUAGCUUUUUUUAAAAUGUUGUUUUAUGAUUUUUCUUUAUUUGAGCUGAUUCCAUUAUGGUCUUGUAUUUGCAGAGGCCUUACUCUGAACCUUUCACAAGCUAAGAUAUGUGAAACCCUCUUUUCAGUUCAGGCUUUUUUUUUUUUUUUCGAAAUGGUACUGUUUGCCUUCUGUGGUAGGUUUAUUGUACGCGCACUACUUCAGCAAGGUAUUCCCAGAGACAGAAGGAAUGUGUAGAGCAGAUGUAUGGUGUAAUGCCGCCUUAUUGAGAAGGUGGACUUUAGAAUGUUUUUUAAUUACUUUUUGAGCAAAAAUCCUUUGCAGUACUUGAAUACAGACAUACAGCCUAUUCUACGUGGAGAUUGCAGAAAUCCCCCCGCAGCAUAUUCUACAAACGUGGAAGAACUGUGAUGAGAGGAGUUAGAUAAUGUGGACACUUGUGAAUACAGUCACAAGAAAGUCACAAUGUUUCUGCCUGAAGUGGAGCCCACAGCCCAUCACCCCGAAGCAUGUAGGAACCUGCUGCAUAGUACAUCAACAUCUUUCUGAUUAACAGAUCUGAUUCUAAGUAGUGAUACAGAGGUCAAAAAAAAUAAAAGAGCAAGACAGACACAUCAGUUAGUCAUUCUUAGUAAGCCAAGACUGCAUACUACUUUAAUUCCACUCUUAUUUUGUCACACCACUAUCACAUCAUGAGUUAUGUUACACAGCAAGUUAAAUUAAGGAUCACAAUAGAUGAUAGCCUUUAUGGUGGGGCAUCUUUCUUUUUGAACUAGGCGGGUUUUCUUGCAGGAUUAAAGCCGUAGUGUGAAACAUUUAUGACACUGAAGUCAACAACAAGCAACGCUCUGCUUCUUAUUUUCCCACAAUGUCCAAUGUGUUAAGCUAAAGUUUAAAAAAAAACAAAACAUGUCUAUCUCUGGGAUUGCAACUCGAGAAUGUUUGACUUUUUGCUGGCGUGUGACUGAAGUUUCUCCUCAUCAAUAAGAAAUCCUCCUCCUUUUACACUCAUUCUCCAACGUCCAUGCAAGGGGGUACAUUUGGACUCUUUCAAAUGAGUUUCCAAGAUCUUCCAAAAGGCAAAUUAUUUUGUCUGAAACUGUCAUUCCAGUGGACAAUGUCCCUCCAAGACUGACAUUACCGCUCAAAUAAUUUGUCGCACGAGUGGUACUGUGCCCCCCCCCUCCCUCCUCCUUCCCCCCAGGUGUUGUGAAUGUACAUUUUGAUGAAUGUUUUUUGUCGGUUGCAGAUUCUCGGUGGUGGCAUGUUGGGUUAGUGCGCCAUCAGUUUCCACGAUGUGCUCUGUCUUACUUUUCAGAAUUGCUUCCAGUAAGCUUCAACCAAGAGCAACAAUUAGCAUGCACCUAAACUGAAGUUUCUAUAUAAUUUUGCAUAUACGGUAAUAGGUGUAUACUGUGUACAAUCUAGGAAUUAGUUUGUACAGACUGAGAUGUAUGCUCUGAUGGUGCUAAACUGAAUGGCAGUCGUGCACUUUCUGUCUGGGUGUGUACACUAUGUGUGUGUGUGUUUGUGUGAGAGUGUGUGUGUGUGCAUGUGUGUGCGAGAGAAAGCUUUUGACUGUCUCUUUCCCCACUCCAACCCCCCACCUGACAACAUGGUAAAGUCACUGCACUGUCCCUCUACUUUUCAGCACCAAUUAUAUCCCAUUGUCUGCACUAUGUUUAGCUUAUGAUCUUUAUCAUUAUUAUUAUUGCUAUUAUUACUAUUGUUAUUUUCUUAAUUAGAGUUAAAUUUAAAUUAACUUAUAUUUUUUAUACAAAGAAAAAUAAUGUUGGCCUUUUUGUUUUGUACAAAGUAAACAUUAAGAUAAAUUAAACGGUCUAGACAUGUUACUGUUACCCAGAAUAACUGAGGAAUGUCUCAACUGUAAAUGUAAGAGCAGUAGCCCAAAUUACUUUUAUUAAAUACCUGAAAAAUA